AUGGACACUAUGAAUUAUUGGACGCGAAUCUCAACAUAUCUUCUGGGUAUCCUUAUUACUCAGUAUGCAGAAGCGAGGCCGACGACAGCAAGAGAACCAGGGUUGAGUAGGGAAGAUGUGAAGUCACUAGUAUACCAUAUACUAGAAAGCUCUAAGCUUUCCAAAGAUCUUGCCACGAAGGACGAAGGACUCUCACAAGAUGACGACUCGAACAAGCGUACAAUCACCGGGGCCGAGAAGGGUGCUAUCGUUGGAGGAACUGUUGCUGCUGGGAUCGUCCUCGGAGUGACGGUAUUUGUUGUUGUCCUCAUAUACAAACAAUACCUCAUCCGUCGACAACAGCGUGGUGUAUAUGUCAAUACUGCAACAUCACCACAUCAAAAUGGUUCCAAACCAGAAACAACGGCUGUCAGUUCGACCUGUGGAUCGUGGCGCCAUACCUUCAAUCACCGGAUGUCUGUCCCCGACUCGGCGUCUGUGUAUUCACAGCGAUCUUUCGGAAACGAUAUCAGUACCGCCCAGAUCGGAGUGGCCACUGCUCAACCCAUGCCACCGACAACGAUGCCAUCAAAGGCUGCCCAAAUGCUGGGAAUUGAGCCUCUAGAAUCGACUACGCCUUUGACAAGGACACCUCUUCCAUCACCCCGUUUACCGAUCAAACCUUUUCCCCAGAACUCUAUGCCACAAGGUCCUCUACCGCAAAGUCGCCCGCCACAAUGUCCUCUUCCAUCUAUUCCUGUGCCAUCUGGUAGUGAAGAGGACGUUUUGUCCCGUGGCCCCCGAGAUCGCACAUCAUCUAACUGCACAAUGAGCACCCUCGGGAGGGAACUGCUUCACGAUGUAAUGCAGCCUCUGUCUUUAUCUCAGACCAAGUUCAGCCCGCCUCCCGAUAAGACAGAGUUCACUCGUCCGCCACUACCCAUAUCGAAGGUGAAGAAGCCUCCACCAGUGGCCUUCAACAACAACACGAAAGGACAGAAGAGGAUGCCCAGCAGACGGUACUUUGUACCCCUGUUCAAAAAUAACGGACAGUUGUUGAGUCCGACGUCACCAGAGGAGAGCUCGGCUCCAGAGACAGCAAUAGAGGAGGAGACGAAUGCUAAGGCAGAGACAGUUCUUAGAGACUCGUCGAGGGCAGGGUUAUUCUUCAUGGGAGAGAAUAAGAUAUGA